UUCAAAAUGAGAAGAUUGAAGUGCUUCCUGUGCUUGAUCUACCUUUGGUUUCCCGGUGCGACCUUAAGGCAGCUAAACAAGAACUAUGCCAUGUCCAUAUACGAUCUGGGAGAGCUACUGACCCACAAUAAAGUGCUGGUCAACCACCUAGAGGCCUACGCGGAUAAGUUGCAGCAGAGGGUGGACCUUAUAGACAGUUAUGUUGAGAUCAUGAAAGAGAAGAUAGCUCGCGCACAAAGGAUGGAUCACGACCCUCCGUCUAGUUUUUCCUUCAUGCGACACAUGCAAUUCGAUUGGCCCAACAUUCUGUGGUAUCUGGAGCAGCAGCCUGGUGAAGCUCAAGCUACAGGUAUAAGCCUUCUUCACUCUGAUUUACCGACUACCAAGGAUUUGGAGGAAACCCUUAAUGGGCUGUGGCGCAUUCAGACCAUUUACAAUCUAAAUGGCUCUGAUAUGGCCAAGGGACUCCUGAUGGGAGUGCAGCACAAUUACUCCACCACCCCAUUUGAGGGCUAUACCAUCGCCAAGUAUUUGGCGAAAUGGGGGGACUAUGCCAAGGCAAAAGAUUGGAUCUCUGUGUCCCUGGAUCUAUACCAGGCGGAUGAGGAUUACUGGGAUUUGUAUGAACAGCAGGGACUGUCUGCGGAAAACCUGUAUGAACUGUAUGUUAAGGUUUUAAAUAACUUGAGCGAGGACAAGGAAAGGCCUCUUUCCACGAUGAUUGAGGCAUCCAAAGAACCACAACUUGAAGCGGGCUCUCACUAGGCUGGAAAUGAGCUAUCGCAUUGGGGAAGAGCCCCAGGAACAGGAGUCUGAAGACCAGGAUGACUUCCUGGACUGCUGCUCUAGAGAGUGCCGCCGAGGAUCCCGACU